CCCGGAUUGAGACUUCCGCCAUGCGGGGCAAGCCUCCCCUAACUUGACUUGUCUCUCUUGUGACGGCUCUCCCUUACGGCAAUCCUUAAGAUUCUUCGAUCGGCAAGCCAAUUCAUUACAUAAGCGGCAUUCAGUCAAACUGACUGGAAUUGUUUCCAUCGUCGUCAUGCCAUCUGACGUGAACGAGCGCGUCGCCCUCGUUGGGCUAGGGGCCAUCGGCAUCUCCUUCGCGGCCCUUUACCUGAGACAUACAAAGAGCACCGUCAGAGUCUUUGAUACGAGGCCAGACCUCGAACAGCACGUUUCCACAGUCCUGCCAGGUUACAUCGACUCGGAUGAUGCGUCGCUGGGCAUAUCCCGCCUGCGCGAAUCCGGCCGCCUCGUGAUCUGCACCACGCUCGAAGAGGCAUGCGGCCGCGCCACCAUCGUCCAGGAGCAAGGUCCGGAGAAUCCAGAUUUCAAGCGGUCAGUAUGGCCAAAGAUUGAAAGUUUUGCGCCUGCUGGCGCACAUUUCUGGAGCUCGACGUCUGGCAUCGCUGCGUCGGUUCAGAGCCGCGAUAUGGUGGAUACGACUCGUCUUUUGGUGGUCCACCCUUUCAACCCGCCGCACAUCAUGCCUUUAAUCGAGAUUGUCCCAUCACCGACUACAAAUGCGGACGAAGUCGAGUUUGCCAAAAUGUUCUUCGCAGGGCUGGAGUCCGGUCACCGACCUGUGGUCAUCAAAAAAGAGGUUCCUGGUUUCGUCGGGAACCGUUUGGCAUUUUCGCUGCUCAGAGAAGCUUGUUCACUGGUUGACCAGGGCGUCGUCAGCACGGAAGACGUUGACACCAUUAUGGAAGCGAGUAUCGGGCCCAGAUGGGCGGUGCAGGGCAUCUUCAAGUCGUACAAUAUGGGUGGCGGGGUAGCUGGGAUCCAGGCCUUCUUGAUUAACCUUUCUGGGACUGUCCAAGAGGUAUGGGAUGGUUCGCAGCCUAUCAAUUUCCAGAAAAAGGCAACGAAUGAGUUGGAGGGCACAGGGACGAGUGACGGGCCAACAUGGGAUGCGAAAGUUGUGCAACAGACUGUGGAUGCCUACGGUCUGCCCAAUCCAGAGCAAUUUCGGGAGCGAGAUGCAGCUUUGAGGAAGAUUUUGGAUGUUCAACGGCAGCGAGAGACCCAUACCAAGAAGUAGAGUGCUUCUUUGUUUGAGUCAAGGGCUUCUGGAGUUGUGUUCAAAGCCUAGUGUUGUGUUCAAAGCCUUGAAUCAGAAGAGGAGCAAAAGGCCAGCUUCAUUCUCACUGGGCUGUCGUUAUCAUUGCAUCAUGAUCCCUGAGGUCAAUGUGCUAGACUGUGGAUGUUGGAUUGUAUUCAGGCAUGCUGUACGGAGCAGUAUCGCCGCCAAGGUAUCUCAUGUAUGUUACUGAGGGUUACCUCGAGGCAAGGACUCCAUGAUUAGCCGUUUACACGCUGGUAGUACCGAGCAGGUGGAACAGCUGGAUACCCGAGGUCAUCUAGGGUGUUAUAGAUCCAGCACCCGGGAUAGUGGUAAUGAUUUAAGGAAAGUCAACGGGUAAUCCAGGUCAAUUGACAUCGUCGCGCUGGGUUUAGACGACUUCGCUGC